GCAUAUCAAUUUUUGGCAAGACACAGAGAAAUCUACGGGAGCUAGAGGGUGCAGUGAUAGCAAAACAUCGGGCAGAGGCGGCGGAGGAGCAACGACCAUGGAUGCAUUUUGGGGUGAUAGACACUCAAAGGCUCCAAAUCUAAAGGACAGGUUGUAACCCUAUAAGUAGGGAGGAAUUACAAGACUGCCUUGGCUGUGGACUUAAUGAUCUCCCUUAUGAGGGCCCAGUUUUAAUUACAUGGACAAAUAAUCGAGAUGGGGAAAGGAAUAUUUACUCAAAACUUGACAGACAAAAGAUCUCCGCCUCCAAAGUCCACACACUUCCUACAUCUUAGGUUGAACCAGACCCGCCCAGCGAUCCGACCCGUACAAGGAUGGCGAAUCCAUCUUCUUCCUCCGUGCCCGCCACCCCGCUGCUGAAAGAUGAGCUCGACAUUGUGAUCCCCACGAUCCGAAACCUUGAUUUCUUGGAGCAGUGGAGGCCCUUCUUCCAGCCGUACCAUCUGAUCAUCGUUCAAGACGGGGACCCGUCCAAGACCAUUCGGGUACCCGACGGGUUCGACUACGAGCUCUACAAUCGGAAUGAUAUCAACCGCAUUCUGGGUCCCAAAGCCUCCUGCAUUUCCUUCAAGGACUCCGCUUGCCGCUGCUUUGGGUACAUGGUGUCUAAGAAGAAGUACAUCUACACCAUUGACGAUGACUGCUUUGUUGCCAAAGAUCCAUCUGGGAAGGACAUUAAUGCACUAGAGCAGCACAUCAAGAACCUUCUGUCCCCUGCAACACCUUUUUUCUUCAACACUUUGUAUGAUCCGUACAGAGAUGGUGCAGAUUUUGUCCGUGGGUACCCAUUCAGUCUCCGUGAAGGUGUAACCACAGCUGUUUCGCAUGGACUCUGGCUCAAUAUCCCUGACUAUGAUGCUCCUACCCAGCUUGUCAAACCCCGAGAAAGAAACACUAGGUAUGUUGAUGCAGUUUUGACAAUACCAAAAGGCACACUCUUUCCCAUGUGUGGUAUGAAUUUAGGGUUCAACCGGGAACUGAUUGGCCCUGCUAUGUACUUCGGACUCAUGGGUGAUGGCCAACCCAUUGGACGUUAUGAUGAUAUGUGGGCUGGAUGGUGUAUCAAGGUGAUCUGCGACCACAUGGGAUGGGGAGUGAAGACCGGUCUGCCCUACAUCUGGCACAGCAAAGCCAGCAACCCCUUUGUUAACCUGAAGAAGGAAUACAAAGGCAUCUACUGGCAAGAGGAACUGAUCCCAUUUUUCCAGUCCGUUGUCCUCCCAAAGGACUGCACCACAGUCCAGAAAUGCUACCUCGAACUCUCUAAACAAGUGAAGGCUAAGCUUGGCAAUGUUGAUGACUACUUCAUCAAGCUCGCCGAUGCCAUGGUUACAUGGAUCGAAGCUUGGGACGAGCUCAACCCAAACACCCCCUCCUCAGAGCCUAAGUUGCCCAACGGAGGAGCUUCCAAGUAGGAAGGUGCCUUAAUCUCAUCUAUGUCUGGCUCGUAACGUUAAGUUUAUCGCGUCAUUACACGAUAUAUAGGGAGUUUCUUUGUUUGUGUAAUGCUAAAAUAACACUAUGUUUGGCACCACGGAUAACAACCGGUCAACCGUCUGUCAAUUUGCACACAUGAUAUAAUCGUCUGGGAAUCGUGUUCAUAGACGAUUGCAUCGUCUGUGUUAACAAAUUCAUAGACGAUUGUCAUACUUGGUGUCAUUACACGAUAUAUAGGGAGUUUCUUUGUUUAUGUCAUGCUAAAUUAACACUUCGUUUGGCACCACGGAUAACAUCUGUUAACCAUGUCUAAAUUUGUAUACAUGAUAUAGUCGUCAGUGAAUUGUGUUCACAAACGAUUGCAUUGUCUAGAUGUGAAAAACCCAUAGAUGAUUGUCGUUUGUGGUGUCAAACAUGGUGUCAUUAUAGCAUGACUCUCUUUGUUUUUUCGUCUUCUUAGAAAACUACACUACAUGUUUAUGCAGUUGUUUUAAUUAAUAAUAUAAGAAUGAAUGAUUAUGGUUCUU